AUGGACGGCGGCGUGCUGAGCCAGGCGUCGUCGCGCGCGCACGAGGAGGUGACGCGCGAGCUGCGCGUGGACGCCAACUACGGGCUCUCGGAGCUGUCGGUGCGCGAGCGGCAGCGCGAGUGCGGCCUGAACGAGCUGGCGGGCGAGGAGGAGGAGUCCAUCCUCGUCAAGUUCGCGGGCCAGUUCAAGGACCCGCUCAUCAUGCUGCUCAUGGCCUCGGGCGUGGUGAGCGUGGCCAUGGGCCACACAGACGACGCCAUCUCCAUCGCGGUGGCCAUCACCAUCGUGGUCACGGUGGCCUUCGUGCAGGAAUAUCGCUCCGAGAAGACGCUGGAGGCGCUGAAGGAGCUCGUGCCGCCGCGCUGCAAGGCGCUGAGAGACGGCGCGGUUGUGGACAUGCUGGCCAAGGAGCUGGUACCAGGAGACAUUGUCAUAGUGGACGUUGGAGACAGAGUGCCCGCAGACGCGAGGCUUAUCGAGGCCGUGGAUCUGGAGGUCGACGAGUCGAAUCUGACGGGCGAGAACGCGCCCGUGCCCAAGAUCACAGGAGCCAUAGCGGACAGCCACCUGCACCCAAUCGCUGACCGCAAGAACAUCAUUUACAUGGGCACGUUGGUGCGCGCGGGCCGCGGCCGAGCGGUGGUCAUCGGAACGGGAUCGCGCACCGAGUUUGGACAUGUCUUUGACGUGGUGCACAAGGUGGAGGAGCGCAAGACGCCGCUGCAGAACAGCAUGGACACGCUGGGCAAGCAUUUGAGCAUGUUCUCGCUCUCUGUGAUCGCCUUGAUCGUGGUGAUUGGCGUGAUUCAGCACAAGGGCAUGCUCACGAUGCUGCAGAUUGGCGUCUCGCUGGCAGUGGCUGCGAUCCCCGAGGGGCUGCCUAUCUGCGUGACUGUCACGCUGGCCUUUGGCGUCAUGAAGAUGGCGAAGCGACACGCCAUCGUGAAGAAGCUGCCGGCCGUCGAGGCCUUGGGCUGCAUCAAUGUGGUCUGCGUGGACAAGACGGGCACGAUUACGACCAACAAGAUGGAGGUGAUCGAGAUUUUCGUUCCGUUUGAGAGCGUGACCGCUGAGGUGAAUGGAGUCGGCGAACGAGAGCGGUCGCCAUCGCAGACUUCCGAAUUUGACAUGGCCAAGAAGAGUGCGCGCUCAGCUGUCACGAUGCGGGGCGAGCCCGUCACGGAGGAGUCCCACCCGCACGUUUACCACUGCCUCCUGUCUGGCGCUCUGUGCAACAACGCGACUAUCGUGGACCGAGAAGUGCUGGGUCAGGCUACGGAGGGCGCCGUGCUGCUCUGCGCGCAAAAGGUGGGGAUUACUCCGUCGGCCAUCCAGCAGUUCCGCCGUGUCAGUGAAGUCCCCUUCAGCUCGGAGAAGAAGUGGAUGGCUGUGUGCUGCGAGCCGCCGACUGGUGGUCCCUCUCGUUGGUACUUGAAGGGCAUGGCGGAAGCUAUCUUGUCGCGCUGCGACAAGAUCGAGGACAACUGUGGGCGCGAGAAGGACAUGACGCCGGGCGAUCGCGAACGCAUCUUCGUGGCGUCCCAGCAAAUGGCUGCACGCGGUCUACGUGUGUUGGCUCUGUCGUACGGCGAGCACUCGGACCGUGGCAUGGUGUUCGCUGGGCUUGUGGGCAUUUCGGACCCUCCUCGCGCCGAGGUCGAGAAGUCGGUCUUGGAGCUGUCGCUGAGUGGGGUCAAGACAAUCAUGCUGACGGGUGAUUCGAAGGAGACGGCCAUUGCGAUUGCCAGUAAGGUGGGAAUCAUUUCCAACGACAGCUUUAGCAGUGUUGACUGCGAUGAUGAGAGAGCCAAGGCCGUGGACGAGCUCGUGAUUUCUGGUCAGGAGUUGGAGAUCAUGGAUAUGGUGGAGUUGGAGCAGCGCAUCUUGAAGACGUGCGUGUUUUACCGUACGUCCCCGCAUCACAAGUUGAAGAUCGUCCGAGCUUUCCAGGAGGCGGGUUUGAUGGUCGCCAUGACGGGCGAUGGUGUGAAUGAUGCGCCUGCUCUGAAGGCGGCAGAUAUCGGCAUCGCCAUGGGCACAAACGGCACUGAUGUGUCGAAGGAGGCGGCUGACAUGAUUCUCCUGGACGACAACUUCAGCACCAUUCUGUGCGCCAUGGAGGAGGGCAAGUCCAUCUACCACAACAUCAAGCACUUCCUGCGUUUCCAACUCAGCACGAGCAUCUCGGCGCUGUGCUUGAUUGCGUUCUCGACACUAUUCAACCUGCCGUCUCCGUUGAAUGCCAUGCAGAUUCUGUGGAUCAACAUCAUCAUGGACGGACCCCCAGCGCAGAGUCUUGGUGUGGAGCCUGUCGACCAUGAUGUGAUGAAGGAGGGCCCGCGCUCAAAGGAUGCCAACAUUAUCACGCGCACGAUGAUUCGCCGCGUACUUACGUCGGCCUGCUUCAUCGUGUGCGGUACGCUCUACGUGUUCUGGGUGGAGCUGAGUGCAGACGGCUCCAUUAGCAAGCGCGACCGCACCUUGAGCUUCACGACGUUCGUCAUGUUCGAUAUGUUCAACGCGCUCUCGUGCCGGUCCGAUGACAAGUCCAUCUUCGAGAUCGGCAUUCUGUCCAACACGGUCUUCGUGUACGCCGUCGGCGCCUCGCUGUUGGGCCAGUUGCUCGUCAUCUACUUCCCGCCGCUGCAGGCCACCUUCCAGACCGAGGCUCUGACGCUGGGCGACUUGAUGUACGUCUGCUGCAUUGCCUCGAGCGUGCUCAUCUUCGACGAGCUCCGCAAGUGGUGGCAGGUGCGCAAGCUGCGUGGAGCGAUGCGCUCUGCUUCUAUCGCCGCUGGCUUUAAGCAGAAGAAGAGAAAACACUCGUGGGACAACGAUGGGAAGGCUUACGACACCGUGUAG